AACUCCCGCCAUUUCCACUCGAUCAUGCCUUCAGUAGGACCAGCACUCCCACCACACCUCGCCAAACGGAAGCGCGAGGAAGAGGAGGAGGAGGAACAACAACAAAGAGAAGCAGCGGCUUCGGCUACCCCCAGCAACAAUGACGCCGAUGGGCGCCCGCGGAGUCCCGAAGGCGCAGAAAAGCGACGGCGCGUCGCAGGGCCUGCCAUGCCCCCAGCACCGCUAGACGAGAGGCCUGAUUCAGCGCCCGGCGACGACUCAGACAGUGACAGCAGCAGCGACGAUGAUUUCGGGCCCGCGCCGCCCACGGCCGCAGAAGCAGCAAGAAUUGCCGCCAAACACGACAGCGAUGACGGUGACGACGCAUACGGGCCGCGCCGGCCACGAAGCCCUCCGCCCGCCGAAGAGAAGAAGCUGCAGCGCGACGACUGGAUGAUGGUGCCGCCGGAGCAGGACGACCUCGCGGCGCGCAUGGACCCGACUAAACUGCGUGCGCGCGGUUUCCAGACGGGCAAGGGCUCGCGCGCACCGAAUCAUGGUGGGGGCGGCAUUGGGCAGGCGUGGACGGAGACGCCGGAGCAGAAGCGCAAGAGGCUGGAGAAUGAAGUCAUGGGCAUUGCGGCGCCGGGGAACAGUAGUUCUGCUGCUGCGCGCGGUGGGGGCAAGGGGCCGAAGAAGGACGAUGAGGAGACGAGAAGGAGGAUUAGGGAGCAUGAUGAGAAACAUCGCGGUGGUUCGCUGUACGAGCAGCAUAAGGCGCGCGUACCCAAGGAUGCCGAGGACGAUCCUAGCAAACGCGCGUUCGAUAGGGAGAAGGAUAUCGGUGGCGGCAUGAAGAUCGGACAUGCGAAGCGCAAGGAGAUGCUCAAUCGCGCAGCGGACUUUGGAAGCAAGUUCUCUGGUGGUGGAUAUCUGUGAUGGAUUAGGGAGCUGAAACCCAAAUAUCAUUCUGAUUCUGAGCUUGGAAGGAUUCCUCGGUGCUACACGGCCAUACCGAACCUUCUUGCUCUGGCUCAUGCUAUAUGAAGUAGCUGCAACUUGGCCCCUUUAGAUUAUGCUGGCGGCAACCGGCUUGUUUCUCAC